CUGUGCGUGCGCUGCCCGGUGUGCACGGCGGACCGGGGCCCUGCGGCCUACGAGUUCUGCUGGCAGUGCCUGCGCCCGUGGAGCGGGCGGGCGCCGGCCGCCGACCGCUGCGGCGCCGAGGGCUGCGCCCACCCGGACCUGCAGAUCCUGCGCACCUGCCGCACCACGGCGCUGCCCCAGGUGGAGGGCGUGGCCGCCUGCCCCUCCAUCCGCGCCUGCCCCACCUGCGGCCACAAGGCGGAGCACGACCGCACCGGCUGCAAGAACCUCAUCUGCCCGCGCUGCCAGGUGGAGUUCUGCUUCGUCUGCCUGAAGCUGACCCCCGAGUGCCUGAAGACCAGCACCCACUUCAGGCUCUGCAGCGCCGGGGUGGCGCCCCGGCAGACCGCCAUCCCCGUGUGGCGCCGCACAUGA